CAACGGAUCAGCGACGAUUUAGAAAUAUCCUUUUAUAUUCCUAGAGACCCACUUUCUCGCACUCAGCAAGUCUUUACUCGACUCAAAUCUUCGCUUCGCAUUCGACGGUCAAGUCUACGACAUCAAGAGACGCUCAGCACGGUUCCGCCACCGAUAGCACGCUAUACAUCGAUCGCCCUCGGUCAUUCCCAUUUCGUCUCCUCGGAACACUUACGACAGCCUAGUCUGAAGACCAAGAACUCUCAGAAGUAGUCGAUAUGGCAGGGGUAUUCCUGAACCUGUUCAAUUGGCUCAGAUCGCUGUUCUUUGCCAAGCAUCUGGAAGUUACAAUCGUGGGAUUACAGGCUAGUGGAAAGACAUCAUUGGUAAAUGUGCUAGGAUCUAACCAAUGGUCGGAAGACGUGGUUCCGACGGUGGCUUUCAAUCUUCGGCAAGUGCGGAAAGGCAAUGUGACCAUGAAAGUCUGGGAUGUAGCUGGGCAACCAAAGUUUAGGGGAAUGUGGGAUCGAUACUGUCGGGGAGCGGACGCCAUCAUAUAUGUGGUAGAUGCAGCAGACCGCAACUCCAUCCCGACAGCCACAUCCGAGCUCCACGCCCUUCUUUCACUUCCCUCUCUCCAAUCAGUCCCAUUACUAGUCCUCGCUAACAAGAACGAUCUGGAAGCAGCUUUAGGGGUUGACGAGUUGAUCAAGGAAAUGCGGCUGGGGGAAAUAGGCGGCAGGGUCGUUUCGUGCUACUCUACAAGUAACAAGACGAAGCACAACCUCGACAUUGUGCUCGCCUGGCUCACUCAGAGGGCUCAUUGAGCGCUUUCAUCUCACCUCUCCUGUUUAUCUCAGCAUCGCGACUCAUUUGCUUGGACUUCUCGUUUUCUUGAAUUGGGGUGGCUGUGAAGAUUUGCUACUGUUGUAUGCAUAAGCCUUGUUCAUUUGCGAA